AUGAUGGGAGAUCACCUUUGCAGCGGGGAAGAUGCAGCACCGGAACAACCUCCGAUGCCAGAUCUUCUGAGUGGCGCGUUUUCUUCGCUGAAGCAAAACGUCCUGGAUAAGUUUUCUCGAGCACCGCCGGCUGUAGACACAUCCGCCGCAAACAGAACAUUUGCGAGACAGGACCAAUUGACGCCGGUCAGCGCUUCGACCGGUUCUCAAACCAUCUCACCCAAGACGCCAACGAACGGGCGGCCCGAUGUUGGUGCCACUGAGGACGACUACUUCACACCAGCGAUAGCAGGCUCACCUCGGCGACCCGGUGGAUAUGGAGAGUUCUCUGCAGAGCCAGAAUCGUAUGAUGUGGACGCGACGUAUGGGACGAGCCCGAACAAGCAGGCGCAGAGCCUGUUGACGAGGAUGAACAGCAUUGCCCCGGGGCCCUUUGAGAUAAGCCGGAGACCGGGAGCGAAGAACGCGUUUGCGCGCACUAGCAGCAGAGACGAGACAGUCGAUUCGGGUGACGACUCUCUGCGGGUAGGGUCUUACACAGACAGGCCGGGGACUGCGGCUUCAGGGUCGUCGGUGAACAGCGCAAGCAUCGCACCACCCAGGAUACCCCGUAACAACGGGUAUGGCGGGUUUGGACCACCCCAAAGGGAGGGUGAGGAUUACGAUCCGCAACCACUUGGUCUCGGCAAACGCUCGGAAACUUUCCCGGACAGACUGCUCAAGUCUAGUAACGAGGAGUACGAUGAUGCACCCGCGCGGAUGCCGUCAGCACCGGGCCCGAGGCCGGAUCGGUUACGGAGGCCAUCGAGCAAGGCUAGCGAACGAAUGACAAUGACGAGUGAACGUUCAAAACGACCGUCUUUCGGACUGCGAGAUACCUCCCGGCCACCACCUCCUCGCAAGAGCCUGAUGCGGCCACCGACACGGGAUGGCAGCGGCAACCUGUCCGUCAACCUUGCAGAUGAGUUUGGCGUGGCCAACCCCUACCACGCGCCUUCUGUGUCGCAAUCAUCCAGCAACUCUGGCUUCAGCCAAACCUCACAGCCCAGCCAUCCGAGCUCGAAUACCAGUCCAGCUCGAUCGACUGGCUCUCGGGUGGGAAGACGGCAACCGUCAGAUACCGCCGGGUUCGAUGCCCUAAUGGACGAUUUGCAGAACUCGAUGGAUGCGAUGCUACCGUUGACGCCCACUGCCCCGUCUGCUCCAGAGAAGGAGAUCGAGACGCUUAAGACCGGCAACCGACGUGGGCCGCCCGAGAGUCUUCGACUGGAUCCGGCCGUACAGGGAGGAGCAGACACGCUACUGGGAUCACCAUUCAAAAUACCGGAAAAGUCGCCGUUGAGAUCGCCGGAGAUGCUGGAUCUCCUUGCAGGGCGUAGCGAUCCCGCCGUACUCGGAGGCCGAAGUCUGUCGCCCCCUCGGGGAUCACACAACCGCCAGCCGUCUCGGAACCAACGCUCGCGUGGGAACUGCAAGGCGUGCAAGGAGCCGAUCACAGGGAAGUCGAUCUCGUCGGCGGACGGCCGACUCACCGGUCGCUACCACAAGGCCUGCUUCGUCUGCACGACGUGCCGGGAACCCUUCUCCUCGUCGACCUUCUACGUCCACGACGACAAGCCGUACUGCGAGCAGCACUACCACAAGCUGAACGGAAGCCUGUGCGGGAGCUGCAACAAGGGCAUCGAGGGGCAGUACCUGGAGGACGAGGCGCCGCAGAAGUACCACCCCGGGUGCUUCCGGUGCGGCGACUGCGGCGUCGUGCUCCGCGACGGGUACUUUGACGUUAAUGGGAAGGCGUACUGCGAGCGGGAUGCGUGGAAGAGGAUGCAGGCACAGCAGACACAAGCACCGGCGCCGACACAAAAGCCGAUUCCGAGCAUACACAUCCCGCAGCCGAGGCCAAGCGUGCGGGAGCCACCGCCGAGAGGACUGCCGUCGAACCCGGCGUCCAAGGUCGGCUCGCUGAACCGACCGUUCGGCCUCCCGACCGGCAACCGCCUCGCGCCGGGCCAGGCCCUGCGCCGCGGCGGUCUAUCGCCGACCAGCCCGCCGCUUCCCAGGAUGGAGAAGCGCAUGACGAGGCUGGGCAUGAUGUGA